CUGAGGGAGGAGGAGGAGGGGUUAAGUUACGGUAACUACAGCAGGACGGAGAUAAGAGGUGCUGUAAGCAGUCUGAGAGACUUUUCCCCAGAGUCCGGCUGUUUUCAGCGAUGUUUUCUCGAGAGCGGCUCUCAGGUAACCGAGGCUGAUGUGCGGGUUGUACCUGUCCGCGCGCGCGGUGCUCGCGCUGCUCACCUGGCAGCUUUUAGCAGGAUUUGAGGAAAUUACGAAGAAAAAUGUCCUGACGAUUACUGAGGAGUGGUCCAAUGUUGAUGGAAAGCAAAAUUGGUGCCAGCUGAACCUCUCAACACACCUCUUCAACAGUACAGCUGUGUGUGUGCGUGUCCGUCUUCGUGUGGAGCCACUGGUGGCCGGAAACACCUUACUGAUUGAGUUUGCUGACUUAAGUUCUACAAAUUCUUCUAUCUUGAUCAGCAAUCAGGAAAACAGGAUUCAGUGGAGAUGGCUGUCUAAAGCUCGCAGCAGGAGAGUUGACUACAGAUCUAGCAGACGGCUCUCAGGCAGAGGAAUCUCGAAUGUCCGGAGAAGACGUUUGUGGGAGUUGCAGUUUGACUGUUUUAAGUCUCAGGCUGGGCGUGUGGUCCUUGUGUCUGUUCAUGACUUUAACCGUACAUGCCGCAGUUCCCCAUACAUCGUUCAGCACAUGCCAGCAGCACACUGCAAAUAUUCCAGAAAUCAAGUGCCCAACUACAAAGUAACAGUGGAUGCCUCAGCUAAACUCUUCAAGGUUGACAUGGAUACAGGGCAAGUAGUGAAAGCCAGGUUGUGCUAUAAAAACUGGGAAUGCAGUGAAAUCGCAGGUACAUUUACGGUUCAGAAUACUGAUCUUCAACCUGCAGUCAAUUUGAGUUUCCCUCACCUGGUACCCUGUGUAUGUUUACAGGUAUAUGGUGCUGGUGUUGAUGUCAAAAGAGUUACAACAUGUCCAUUUGAAGGAAAAACACUGCCAGGUGGUGGAGAUGUUUUGUCCAGCAGCACACUGAAGCCUGAUGGUAGAUCUGGUUAUGAAUGGAAGCCUCUGUGUCUCUUUGACUCACCAAAGCCUACUGUAUCUCUCUGCUGGAAACACCAGGAAAACUCACAUUGUUUUCCACUCCAAAACAUCACCCUGCAGGACAGAAACCUGAAAUACAACAUGACUGAUGUGGAUAGACAUACCAAUAUGUGUGUGAAGUUUACUCUGAAUGACAGCCAUCGAGUCUUUUGCCCAUUCACCUCAGGUUUAUCUGAAUGGGAAGUUGUAGUGGUCCCUGGUUCUCAGUGUCUGCGUGUAUACCUCUCCUCUGGUAUAAGCGCAUCCUUCGCUGCACAGCUUUGUGAGGAGGAGAAGGGGGAGUGUGUGGGGAAAGGAAAUGUUCACUCUGUUCAGAUGGAAGAAAGUUCUACAGAGGUGGAGCUAAAGGUACCACUUCCCUUUUUCAGACCAGGACUCUGUGUGCAGGUGUGGCGCUCAGAGCCUGAUCUGCGUGGAAUUAGAAUCAUUUGUCCUGAUUAUAAAAACAGGAAAUGGGGUCUCGUUGUUUCUGGUUCAUUGGUGCUCCUGGUAAUUCUAGUGACAGUGGGACUCUUCACCUACAUGUUGAUCAAACAGAAGACAUCAGUGUGGCGCUGUGCAGAAAGGAAGCCCGUACUGCUGGUGUGCUCCUCUGAAGAUGUGGAUCAUGUGGCCGCCAUGUGUGCUCUUGCGUCUGGCCUACAGGAGGAGCUGCGGAUUGAUGUUCGCCUGGCUCAGUGGGCGCUCUGCAGCACUCGGGCUUCUCUGGCCCAGCUUGGGCCUGCACCCUGGCUGUACGGCCAAUGGCAGGAGGUGCAGCAGGCUGGGGGCGUGGUGCUGCUGGCUUGGAGUCUUGAAGCUCAGCAGGCGUUCCUCAGGUGGAGGGAACUGAGGGAAUGUGAGCGGUGGAAAGGACAAGAACUCAAAUGCAAAGACUGGACCAAGAGACAUUUAGAAAAACAAAAGGAUGCUGAAAAAGAGAUGUCCUCCAUCACAGCACCAGUGUUCAAUGCCACCCUCUCAUGCCUGUGGGCAGGGUUACAUGGCAAAAACUCUUGCCAAGGGUUUGGAUUGGUUUGUUUCCGUGGCCUUGGCAACAGCUGCCAUAUUCCGAAAGAUCUCAGGGGUAUCCGAAGGUUCUGUCUGCCUAGGGACCUCUCUAACCUCGUACAUGAACUGGACCUGAGGGAAAGCAGCCCUGAAGGUGGGGUUAAAGAAGUCUCCAGUGGCUGGUGUUGUUGGUCCCGCCUCUUCUCAAAAGCACUGUCCCUAUGGCUGUCUCAGAGGCUUGCGCAGAGGCUGGAGGUGUUGCUACCUCAGAUAGACUCAAAGGAAAAAGCUAAAAUGAGGUCCAAAAAUAUUCUAAAGCUAUCAUGGAAAACUCACAAUGGAAAGAAGAUAAUGAAAAAGAAGAAAAAGAAAAAAAAACUGUUUUUCAAUGCAAGCCCACAAUGAAAAAUAAUGUGUGUAAUGUGGUGUCAGAGAACGAGCAGCUUAGAUUUUCAGCAUAAUUUGAAAAUCUAGAGUAUAUGCCAUUGCUUGCCAUAAACCUAUAGUAUUAUUUUCAUUGUUUCAUUCUGCAUACCUCAACACUGUGCUCAGCAACAGUUAAGCAGCACAGCUCCUCUACAAUCUGUAUGUCACUAUGGAUUGAUGUGUUUGCCAAAUGCUAGGGGUUUGAUGAGAUCUCGUGCCACGAAAUCUCGUAAGAUUAAAACAGUACAACACUUCUAA